AUGGCUGCCCCCGUCGACCACAACAACCAGGUUGAGGAGGCCAUCGACGACACCGAGUUUGUCGACGACCACCAUGAUGGCCACCACCGGGAUUCCGUCCAUCACCGCCUGCGCGCCAAUUCAGCUAUCAUGCAGUUCCAGAAGAUCCUCGUCGCCAACCGUGGUGAGAUCCCUAUUCGUAUCUUCCGAACAGCCCACGAGCUGUCCCUCCAGACUGUCGCCGUUUACUCGUACGAGGAUCGACUUUCGAUGCACCGUCAGAAGGCCGACGAGGCCUACGUGAUCGGUAAACGCGGCCAAUACACCCCUGUCGGUGCCUACCUUGCCAUCGAUGAGAUCGUCAAGAUUGCCCUGGAACACGGCGUCCACCUGAUCCACCCUGGUUAUGGUUUCUUGUCAGAAAACGCCGAGUUCGCGCGGAAAGUCGAGCAGGCGGGUAUGGUCUUUGUUGGCCCUACCCCGGAAACAAUUGAGGGUCUUGGUGACAAGGUCUCAGCCCGUCGGUUAGCUAUCAAAUGCGAUGUGCCGGUCGUCCCUGGCACAGAGGGUCCCGUCGAGCGCUUUGAAGAGGUUAAAGAGUUCACCGACACCUACGGCUUCCCCAUCAUCAUCAAGGCUGCCUUUGGUGGUGGUGGCCGUGGUAUGCGUGUCGUCCGCAACCAGGCGGAUCUGCGAGAUUCCUUCGAGCGUGCUACCUCGGAAGCCCGGUCAGCCUUUGGCAAUGGUACUGUCUUUGUGGAGCGCUUCCUCGACCGCCCGAAGCACAUUGAAGUCCAGCUCCUGGGUGACAACCAUGGCAACGUUGUCCACCUCUUCGAGCGUGACUGCUCCGUCCAACGUCGUCACCAAAAGGUCGUCGAGAUCGCCCCUGCAAAGGAUCUACCUGUCGAUGUCCGUGACCGCAUCCUCGCUGAUGCUGUCCGCCUGGCCAAGUCCGUCAACUACCGCAAUGCUGGUACUGCCGAGUUCUUGGUCGACCAGCAGAACCGCUACUACUUCAUCGAAAUCAACCCCCGUAUCCAAGUCGAGCACACCAUUACCGAAGAAAUCACUGGCAUUGAUAUCGUCGCUGCUCAGAUCCAGAUUGCUGCUGGUGCUACCCUUGAGCAGCUUGGCUUGACCCAGGACCGCAUCUCCACCCGCGGGUUCGCCAUUCAGUGCCGUAUCACAACCGAAGAUCCCGCCAAGGGCUUCUCCCCAGACACCGGUAAGAUCGAGGUGUACCGCUCUGCUGGUGGUAACGGUGUUCGUCUGGAUGGUGGUAACGGUUUUGCUGGUGCCGUCAUCACACCUCACUACGACUCCAUGUUGGUCAAGUGUACCUGCCGUGGAUCCACAUAUGAGAUUGCUCGCCGCAAGGUCGUGCGUGCCCUCGUUGAGUUCCGCAUUCGUGGUGUCAAGACCAACAUUCCUUUCUUGACCUCAUUGCUCAGCCACCCCACUUUCAUUGACGGCAACUGCUGGACAACCUUCAUUGAUGAUACUCCUGAACUUUUCGCCCUGGUUGGCAGUCAGAACCGUGCUCAGAAGCUGCUUUCUUACCUUGGUGAUGUCGCCGUCAACGGCAGCAGCAUCAAGGGGCAGAUUGGUGAACCUAAGCUCAAGGGCGACAUUAUCAAACCUACCCUUUAUGAUGCCGCUGGAAAGGUCGUCGAUACCUCCGUACCUGCUACCAAGGGCUGGAAGCAGAUUCUUGACCAGGAGGGUCCCGAAGCUUGGGCCAAGGCCGUGCGCGCUAACAAGGGCUGCUUGAUCAUGGACACCACCUGGCGCGAUGCCCACCAGUCUCUGCUUGCUACCCGUGUCCGUACCAUUGAUCUCCUGAACAUCGCCCACGAAACGAGCCACGCAUACUCCAAUGCUUACAGUUUGGAGUGCUGGGGUGGUGCUACUUUCGACGUCGCCAUGCGUUUCCUCUAUGAGGAUCCUUGGGACCGUCUGCGCAAGAUGCGCAAGGCCGUUCCUAACAUCCCCUUCCAGAUGCUGCUUCGUGGUGCCAACGGAGUUGCCUACUCGUCUCUCCCUGACAACGCCAUCUACCACUUUUGCAAGCAAGCCAAGAAGUGCGGUGUUGACAUCUUCCGUAUCUUCGAUGCUCUCAAUGAUAUUGACCAGCUCGAGGUCGGUAUCAAGGCUGUUCACGCCGCUGGUGGUGUCGUUGAAGCCACCGUCUGCUACAGCGGUGACAUGUUGAACCCCUCCAAGAAGUACAACCUAGAGUACUACCUGAGUCUGGUUGACAAGAUCGUUGCACUCAAGCCUCAUGUCCUUGGUAUCAAGGACAUGGCUGGUGUGCUGAAGCCCCAGGCUGCCCGCCUCCUUGUCGGUGGUAUCCGUGAGCGCUACCCCGACCUCCCCAUUCACGUCCACACUCACGACUCUGCCGGAACUGGUGUGGCUUCCAUGAUUGCCUGCGCCCAGGCCGGUGCUGAUGCAGUCGAUGCCGCCACUGAUAGCUUGUCCGGAAUGACCUCUCAGCCCAGCAUUGGUGCUAUCCUCGCCUCUCUCGAGGGGACCGAGCAGGAUCCUGGCCUUGACCGUGCCCAGGUGCGCGCUAUUGACACCUACUGGGCCCAGCUGCGUCUGCUGUACUCACCCUUCGAGGCUGGUCUGACUGGCCCAGACCCCGAGGUAUACGAGCACGAAAUCCCCGGUGGUCAACUGACCAACCUCAUCUUCCAGGCCAGCCAACUUGGUCUGGGCCAGCAGUGGGCGGAGACCAAGAAGGCUUACGAAAUAGCCAACGAUUUGCUUGGCGACAUCGUCAAGGUCACUCCUACUUCCAAGGUCGUCGGUGACCUGGCUCAGUUCAUCGUCUCCAACAAGCUGACUCCCGAGGAUGUGAUCAACCGCGCCGGUGAGCUUGAUUUCCCUGGCUCCGUCCUCGAGUUCCUUGAAGGUCUCAUGGGUCAGCCUUACGGCGGUUUCCCCGAACCUCUGCGCUCCAAGGCUCUGCGCAACCGCCGCAAGCUCGACAAGCGCCCCGGUCUCUUCCUGGAGCCUCUGGAUCUGGCUAAAAUCAAGACCGAGAUUCGCGAGAAAUUCGGGGCUGCUACCGAAUACGACGUGGCCAGUUACGCCAUGUACCCUAAGGUUUUCGAAGAUUACAAGAAGUUCGUUCAGAAGUUUGGUGAUCUGUCCGUCCUUCCUACCCGCUACUUCCUGGCUAAGCCCGAGAUUGGCGAGGAGUUCCACGUUGAGCUGGAGAAGGGCAAGGUUCUCAUCCUCAAGUUGCUCGCCAUCGGUCCUCUUUCCGAGCAGACCGGCCAGCGUGAGGUCUUCUACGAGGUGAACGGAGAGGUCCGUCAAGUCAGCGUUGAUGACAAGAAGGCCUCCGUCGACAACGUUGCCCGUCCUAAGGCCGAUGUUGGCGACAGCAGCCAGGUUGGCGCUCCUAUGAGUGGUGUCGUUGUCGAGAUCCGAGUUCACGAGGGCUCGGAGGUCAAGAAGGGAGAUCCCAUUGCUGUUCUCAGCGCUAUGAAGAUGGAAAUGGUCAUCUCCGCUCCACACAGCGGAAAGGUGUCUGGAUUGCUGGUCAAGGAGGGCGACUCCGUCGAUGGGCAGGACCUCAUCUGCAAGAUCGCCAAGGCAUAA